AUGUCACGAGGGCCACCCUACGGAGGCGCGGCCAAUAGGCUGCGCAAUGCACCACCAUCGAGCUACUCUCAAGAUUCUAGACCGGAUAGUAUCGUGUCUGAUGGCACAGGCACCGGUAUCCCCACACGGCCAUCGCGUUCAGAGCUACGCAGAGUUCCAAGCCAAAGCACGGAUCGUGGAUACUUUGACAACAGCCGGGGCUCGACUGAUUCUCGCGGUAUGCCACCUGCACGACCUCCUCGCGCCGCGAACAGGGACUCGACCUCGACGUCGUUUUCGGAUCGAGAAGUCCAGCCGCGACGACCGCUCAACGCGGGCUCGACGCGCGAUCGCGAGUAUGGAGGACGCUCGUCGGAUAGAGAUCCGUAUGGACGCGAGAGGGGCUUGUUGUCUGAACCUGAGACGCCGAAUCGUGGGUUGAAUGGCAGUAGCCUGCGUAGUCCUAUCAGCCCCGAGAGUGCUGCGUCUCCUAGUUUUCAGGCGGCUAUUACUGCUCUGCAAUCGGCUGGUCAGCAACGGGCAAGGAGAAAGGGAACGCUCGAGGGCCAAAUGGCACCUGAUGGAGGAUUCAUGUCACCCCAAGGAGUUUCUCCCGGAGGGUUUGGAGACUAUGAAGAAUUACAACGUGAAGAACGGGAAAGGAGACGAAGGGAGCAAGCUAAGGCAGAUGCAGAGCGUCGGGAGCGAAUGAAAGAACGUGAGGCUGCGUCGAGAAGAGGCGGACAGUCGAAUGGCAAGGUGCGACGGGGAGAUAUCGAUGCCAUCCUCGACCAGAUUCAGGGAGAAUGGGAGUGGGUAACCAAGCCCGAGUUUAACCCUGUGGAACUCGCAUUGGCAUUACUGGACGAAGGCUCGUCCGGCAAGGAUAUGGAAUCGUUCAUUCGUACUAAGCGCAUGCUUGCUCGUGCGCUCAAGGGAUCGAUAGAAACCUAUGCACAGACAUUUGCUGCCGCAUUACCACAUCACGCCGCAAUCAUGACAUCUUUGAACGAGUCACAGGAGCAUAUUAAGAAUAGCAAGUCAAAGUUAAUAGAAGCCAAGGAGUCCCUCGGGAGCCGUCGAGCAGACUUGGCUCAAUUAUGGACUCGAGGACAAACCCUCGACGAGAUGAUCAAGAUUGUUGAUGAAAUCGAAUAUCUCAAGUCGGUUCCCGACAAUCUCGAGUCUUUGAUCUCAGAGAAGAAACUUCUUCAAGCGUCUUCUCUACUCAUACGAAGUAUAAAGAUGAUUACCAAAUCUGACAUGCAAGACAUUGGUGCCUUGUCCGACUUGAAGGCUUACUUGACGGGACAGGAGACGACACUAAGAGACAUUCUCAUCGACGAGCUCCAAGCACAUAUGUACUUGAAGGUCUUCUGGUGUGACACUCGAUGGGCAGCAUAUCAAGCAGGACAGCAAGCUCUACCUCGCGUCGAGUUUGAUGAGGAAAAGCUACCGAUGCCAACCUCAUUCAAUCCGAAUAGUCGAUCAACCAGACUCGCAACCUUCCUCCACGAACUCAACCUCAAAGCCAACGAUUCACCAUAUGACCCCUCUCAAAGUUCCCGUAUAUCAAUCGCCCUCCCAGGCCCACUUACAGACAACAAUCAAAACAACCCAGAGUCCGACUCUUUCACCUAUCUCGAAACAAUUCUCGAGAGUUUGGCUAUCCUAGGCAAGCUUGGAGAUGCUCUGGAGACCAUCACUCAGCGUUUACCCAUGGAACUCUAUGCACUAGUUGAAGCCACAACCGAUGAGGUAAACGAGCGCACCGAGUUUAGCCGGAGAAUGCUCCCGAAUUUUGGAAACAAGGAGAAUGUUGUCGCCGUCAAGACUUCGACUACAUACGUUCUGAUCGAUCCAAAGACGGUGACGAAGGGACCUCAAGGUUCAACGAAUGACGGAGCAGUACCCGGUGAACAAUCACCCGCAAGUCUCUUGCGAUACAAUGAGCUAGAGAACAGCGCGAGUAAUGCGGAUCAUGAAGUCUUGCGAGACUUAUUUUGGACCUUGUAUUCAAAGAUGGACGCUGUCGGACAAAGUAUGCGUGUGGUGUAUGAAGUCGCGAACCGUAUUGGAGCAAGAAAGGACUUCAAGGACUCUUCGGGUGCAAAGCCAGGGACGCUAUUUCCGUUCCCAGAAUUGUGGGAGCCGAUCGAAGCUGAGCUUCGUGGUCUAAUCAUGCUGUACCUUAUGGUCGAAAAAGGCGGUGCAUCUACCGGCAAGGCAAGCAUACCGUCCAUCAGUGACGCAUUACAGUCGAGUAAGGCUGCCAGGAACAGAGGAUGGCAAAGCUUUCGGUUCGGCGACUCAGAUUCAAAGCUUGCCAUUCGUGCGAACAAGGGACACGAGGAAGAAUUGACAAGAGUCCUCAAGGAUUCAGUCCCGGGCCUCGUCGGUGCUGAGACGUUGGCACAGACAGCAUUGGUGACGGCCGUAGACGACCGGUUUGCGAGUGCCGUCCCACAUCAAGUUCUCGUCAGCCCAAAUGCGUUUCAUAUCAGCGUCGUGUUUCAUCCCACGCUUGCCUUUUUCGAGCGUGCGGCCGAAGUACUCCCAUCUACAACGUCGGAGCGUGUCCGGCAAUCGAGUGCAUUCCUCGAGGAGUUUGUGCAGCGGUCUUACUUGCCGCAGCUUGAGGAAAAGGUUGCUGGCCUUUUCAUCAAGACCGUAACGAGUCCCGAUGCCUUUUUACCAGAUCCGGCUUGGAAACGAUUGUCCUCGAGGCCGUUAGUGAGAGCUGCUACAGAGCUCAUGGCCCUUAUCAACUCGUUAUGCGCAAUGCAGCAGACAACGCCAUUCCACCGUGAUAAUUAUUCCAGAUUAAUCCUUGGUGUGGUGAUACAAUUCUACCAGCGAUGUAGUGAUCGCUUCCGGGAACUGGUCUCGACAAAGGAAGGCACCUCUCAAGAUGAUGCCCAUGUAGCCGUUGCAGCUCGCUGGGCCCAGAAACUCGAAGUGGCGGCUUGCGUCUCAGCACUCUAUGCACUCCCGGAAAACGAUGUGGCGAACUCGCGGCGGCUCUGCCGACAAGAAACGCGAGUCGAGCUCAACUUUUUGACUACAGAAACGGUCAAUAGGGAUGACCUUGUGAACUCGAAGAAUCUGCAUGCUCUUGGAAACCUGUUCCAUAGUUUGAUUUGGUUCAUGCGACAACUUGUUUCGAUGCGAGUCAUUGUGGAGGAUCCGCUCUCACCUGCACCAGAUUCUGCAGUCGAGCCGGAGAGCUCUAUUGCGACGGCGAUUACCCCGCAUUUCCCCAUCCUCCCCCCGGCUCCGCCAUCCGAGGAAUUGCGAUUACCGUUAACGAAGCCAAUGGCCUUGCGGUUUGACGCGUUGAUGAGGACCUACGAGCAGCUGGCCGAAUAUGUUCUUGCAACGCUAAGGAUUGACACGCGAUGCAGGACAAUUCAUUUCCUGGAUUUAGCCAUGCGGAGGGGAAACUAUCGCGUCGAUCGUGACGCAGGUGACCCUGAUCCUCAUAUUGUGGAUCUAAACCUAGACCUUGGUGUCUGUGAUGACUGUGCAAACGAGACAUUACCACCCAAGGAGCGCAGGUUCCUGUUCGAAGGUUUGGGAACUCUCAUGGAGCAUCUGCUCAUAUCCAAUGCUCGUCACAUACGGUUUGCAAAUGCUGUUGGCAUUCAAAAGAUUAUGCGCAAUAUGUUGGCGAUGCAGCAGAAUAUGAAGACGAUCACCGACGCCUCUCAGGAUGCCGACUUUGAGCGGGCAAAGGUGUACUAUAGUCUUUUCUCUCUUACACCCAAGGAAAUGCUGGCAUCGAUCAAGAAACGCUCUCAGUUUACAUUGGACGAGUACAAAUCGAUGCUCAACUUCCAAUGUGGCGUAGACCAAGCGGCAGGAGAGAAGGGAGCACUGAAUGCCUCUGAUCGCAACUACCACUCCUAUGUAACCGAACUUCAUGCCCUUGCCAUCGAAGAGUCGACGGAUUAG